AGAGAGAGAGUGAGAGGGAGGGGGGAGAGAAGAAUAGGAGAGAAGGGUUCAAGGGAAUAGAAGUGGAAGUGGAGGUUAUUCUUCUCUCCAUACCUCGUCCUUUUAGAUCUUUUCCUCUUUCUCUCUUUACCAUUUUUUUAAAAUUAGUUUAGAUCGAGUACUUGAUUUGAGAUGCGGUGAUCUGGUCUUCUUCCUGAUUUUCCCCCUUUAUUUCUGAUUUCGUGGAUGUGAUUUCAGUGAGUUUUCGCGCAAUUUUGUUCCGAAUUCUUUGGGAUGUGAUUGGAAGCGGAGGUUCCCAGUUCGAUUUCCCAUGGAUUUAUGUAUAAAAGAUGGAUUUUUUUUUUUUGAAAGUACUACGAGUGAUCAUAUUGGUGUUUUCCAUGGAGUAGAUCUGGUUUGUCUGAUGUGAAAUUGGGGCGGGAGGGGAGAAAUAUGGGAAAGAUGGGAUCUUUCAUGUUGUUCUUUUGCUAUUCUUGGUAAUCCUUGGACGAAUUUAGCACCAGAUCUGAGCGAUCUUAUCGUCUUCUUCUGGGAACCCCGACCCACGAGUGGAGGAGGUGGUAGUUUUCAGCCAUGACUUACUUUCCGGAGGAGGUGGUGGAGCACAUCUUCGACUUCCUGGCCACGCACCGCGACCGGAACACGGUGUCGACGGUGUGCAAGACGUGGUACCGGGUGGAGCGGCUGAGCCGCCGGAGCGUCUUCGUUGGGAACUGCUACGCGGUCCACCCGGAGCGCGUGGUGGCGAGGUUUCCCGGCUUGAGGUCCCUCACCGUCAAGGGGAAGCCUCACUUCGCUGAUUUUAACUUGAUUCCCCAUGACUGGGGUGGCUUCUCCCUCCCUUGGAUCGAGACCGCCGCCCGGGGCUGCCCUGGCCUCGAGGAGCUCCGGCUGAAGAGGAUGGUCGUCUCCGAUGAGAGCCUCGAGCUCCUUGCCCGCUCCUUCCCCAACUUCAAGGUCCUGGUUCUUAUUAGCUGCGAGGGUUUCAGCACCGACGGGCUUGCGGCGAUUGCGACCUAUUGCAGGGUCCUUAGGGAGCUAGAUUUACAGGAAAAUGAGGUGGAAGAUCGUGGGCCUCAGUGGCUCAGCUGCUUCCCUGAUUCCUGUACUUCGCUUGUGUCCCUGAAUUUCGCUUGCUUGAAAGGGGAGGUGAAUGCAGGUUCAUUGGAGAGGCUCGUCGCUAGGUGCCCAAACCUUAGGACCUUGCGACUCAGCCGUGCAGUGUCCAUUGAUACACUGUCCAAGAUCCUUGCUCGGGCACCUCACUUGGUCGACUUGGGCACUGGUUCAUUCACCAUAGACCACCGGGCUGAAGCUUACCACAAAGUGAUGAAUAACUUCAUCAAAUGCAAGUCAUUGAGGAGCUUGUCGGGGUUUUGGGAUGCUGCACCUCGCUGCCUUCCAGCUGUUUAUCCCAUUUGUGGAAACCUGACUGGUCUAAACUUGAGCUAUGCUCCAGCAAUUCAAUGUGCCGACCUUAUCAAGCUGAUUCAUCGGUGUUCGAAACUUCAACGGCUUUGGAUAUUGGAUUGCAUUGGAGACAAAGGAUUAGCAGUUGUGGCUAACACUUGUAAAGAGCUCCAGGAAUUGAGGGUGUUCCCAUCUGAUUUCUAUGGUGGGGGAAUUGCUGCUGUGACAGAGGAAGGGCUGGUGGCUGUAUCCUCAGGAUGCCCGAAACUAAGCUCCUUGCUAUACUUUUGCAAUCAGAUGACAAAUGCUGCACUCAUCACUGUUGCGAAGAACUGCCCACAUUUCACACGCUUCAGAUUAUGUAUCCUUGAUCCAAAGAAGCCAGACCCAGUGACUAAUCAACCUUUGGAUGAAGGUUUUGGGGCAAUCGUGCAGUCAUGCAAAGAUCUAAGGCGGUUGUCACUAUCGGGCCUUCUCACGGACCGGGUCUUCUUGUACAUUGGCAUGUAUGCCGAACGCCUAGAGAUGCUCUCAAUUGCAUUUGCUGGUGAUAGUGAUAAGGGAAUGGUGUAUGUGCUCAACGGGUGCAAAAAUCUGAGGAAAUUGGAGAUAAGGGAUAGCCCGUUCGGGGAUGCUGCACUUUUGGAGGACGUUGGGAAGUAUGAAACAAUGCGAUCCCUUUGGAUGUCAUCUUGUGAUGUUACCCUAGGGGGUUGCAAGACACUUGCGGCAAAGAUGCCAGGGCUCAAUGUGGAGGUCAUUAAUGAAAGGGAUGAGAGUGACGAGAUGGAGGAAAGCCCUAGCGAUCUUGGCAGGGUGGAGAAGAUGUAUGUUUAUCGGACUGUGGCUGGACCAAGGAAUGAUGCUCCAGAUUUUGUCUGGACGUUAUAGAGUUGGAUAGAAUGCCUUUUUCACCCUUAUUAGUCUGUAAGGUAAUGUUAUUGUGCUUUGUUGUGUUUUCAUUAUGGAUCCCUAGUGGUAGCAAAGCCUUGUCUAGGCUGGUCUGUAGAUUUAAGGGUGGUUGAAUGCCAGUCCCAAGAUUUCUAGCUAUUUAAUAUCUUUCUUGCCAUUUGUUAUGGUAGCUCUAUAAGAGUCACUUUGGCAUUUUAAACUAAGCAUAUGUUUAUUUUUUCA